AUGGAGCGCGACCGUCGCCUACGCGCACCACAGACAUGCAGGAUGGGUCCAAAGCCGGGCCUUGGCUUCGGUGUUUUGUCCACGGGCACGCCGGAGUACGCGGUUCCAGGGAACUGCACAGUGCCUGUGCCUGGUCCCAAGUCCUGCCCGAGUUCUUACGGCACUCUUCUCACUCCGAGAACAGAUGAGCUUUGGGGCUGGAGCUCAGUGCCAGUUUCUGCACCAGAUCUACCCGAGUUGUCCAUGGGCCAGGAAGCAUCUUCCCCGCGGAAUCCAUUCGCGAAUCCCGACGCGUAUGUUCAGCCGCACAAUCGUUGGACAUUGCCAGCUCGGCGUCGACGGCCUGCUGUGCUCACGGUCCAAGGACCGCCUGUUUUUCCAGUCGCCGAAGGUGGGAGCUCCGGGUUCACUUCAGCAAAAUAUUCUGGCAGUCAAGUCAGCCAAGUCGUCGAGACCAGCGCUGGUCUCCUGAUGGGUUAG